CUUUACUUGCCAUUCAUUGGUCAAUGAGGAGGAAGUCACCGGAUGUAGCAAUGUAGCUUGACUGGCUAAGUCCCGAAACGGAAAACCUCGUAAGAGGUUAUGUAAAACCACAAUUGUUUAUGUCUCUGAUUUACUGUUUGUCAGUCGCAGUGAUUACAUCGCUCCCAUAUUGUUCUAAACCGCUGUGAUAUUUAUAGCCGACUUCAAUAGCAAAGUGGAGCUAGAGUAGCUAACAACAGAGACGGAUGAUGCUAUUUACGAUGUUGGAGCUUUCAAAUGUUUGUAAGUUAGUGCUACAAAACGAGUCUAUUCUCCACCUUCUGGGGAUUACCACCUCGUCCGUGGACACCUCCUCUGUCCUUUUCAGCUGAGGACCGAGAGACUUGUGACACCCAGAGUGGAGCCAUAACUACUGACCAAGACAACAGAAAAACAGAAGACCCAGAUGACAUGGCUGAAACCUUGAUUUAGUAGAAUGUGUGAAGGUUGAAGACAAGGACUGUGAAAAGGAGAAUCUCAGGUGGAGCGAGGAUGUCUGAGAUGAUGAAGGUUGUAGCUGAUCAGCCUGGAAGGUUCGGCUCAGAGCCCCUCAUAUCUGCAGCAUCCACAUCAGAAGAGGAGGAGGAGGAGACACAAGACAACAAAGAGUUCAUUCAUCAGAUGUUGGUAAUUAAAGUGGUUCCUGAUGACUGGAGUCCCAGUUCGGACCAGCCCAACCCAGAUUUCCCCUCCAUAAAAGAGGAAGAGGAGGAACUGAGGGUCAGCCAUGAAGAAGAGGAGCUUACUAUGAAGAGUAAAGAUGAAAAGACACCCCAGGUAUCAGAGGUUCAUCAGAUCAAAACUGAAGACAUUAUGGAGACAGAGGCUCCUGACAGGAGCUCAGCUGUAGAGCUAAAAAUGGACUCUGAUGAAGACAACUGUGGUGAACCAGAAAGAGACAACAUCACAGAUCCAGUGUGUUCUUACCAACAUCGUAAGAUGACAGUUCACAGAAGUGAAAAAACAUCUAAAUUGUGUUCCAAACUUAUGGCUCAGACUGGAUUACACACUGGAGAAAAGCCCUUUGGUUGCAAUGUUUGUGGCAAACGAUUCAAACAUCAGACCAAUUUUAAACACCAUAUGAAAAUUCACAUUGAAAACAGAGAACAUUACUGUGAACUUUGUGGUAAAGGAUUUAAAGCUAAGCAUUUUCUUCAAACGCAUAUGAGGCUUCACACCGGAGAAAGGCCGUUUGCAUGCGAUGAUUGUGGGAGAAGGUUUCAUGCUAAGGCAGUUCUUAAAAGUCACCUGGAGGUUCACUCUGGAGAAAGGGCUUUUUCCUGUGACAUUUGUGGUUCAAGAUAUAAAAGGAAGGAAACUCUUAAGAAGCACAUGUGGGUCCACACGGCAGAGAGACCCUUUGUUUGUAGUGUUUGCAGUAAAGGAUUUUAUCAUCAAAACAGCCUAAGGAUUCACAUGAAUGCUCACACAGGACAGAGACGGUUUAUAUGCAGCGUUUGUAGUAAAGGAUUUGCAGAACAAGAGACUCUGAAGAGACACAUGCGCGUUCACACGGGAGAGAAGCCGUUUAUUUGCGGUUUCUGCUGUAAAGGAUUUUCACAGCAAAUUCAUUUAAAGAGACACAUGCAUGUUCACACUGGCGAGAAGCAGUUUAUUUGCAGUGUUUGUAGUAAAGAGUUUUCUCAACAGCAUCAUCUGAAAAACCACAUGGAAGUUCAUACCGCCUCAUUUUGCUGCAGUGAUUGUAGUAAGCGUUUUGUGAAGGAAAUCCAGUUGCAACGACAUGCCAGAGUUCACACAGAGGAGAGACCGUUUGGUUGUGAUGUCUGUAAAAGCAGAUUUAAUCAAAAGUGUCAGCUUGAAAAUCACAUGAGAGUGCAUUCGGGAGAGAAACCAUUUGUUUGUGAUGUUUGCAGUAAAGGGUUUUCCCAACAAGGAAAUCUGAAGCGACACAUGGUUGUUCACAAGGUCUGCAACUAAUGACUAUUUUGAUAGUUAAACAAUAUGGCAAUAAUUUUCAAGUUUUCAGCAACUACCUUUAUUUUGCAACUUAUCAAUGCUUCAAUGCCUCUGAAUUUAUAAACAAAUUCUCGUCUUAAACUAAAAGGAACUUCUGAAUCGCUACUUUGCUUUGAUCAGCUGUAGGUCAAAAUGUUAAACUCUUAAAAACAAGUCGGAACUGAAUUAAAUUUUAUAUUUUCAACAACACCUUUUACUAUGACUGCCAAUGACGAUAUUUUUCCUUCCUGUACAGUAGUUUAAUAUAUCACUAUUUAUGUACCUCAGAAUAACAUGUAAACAAAGAUUUGCACUUAAAAGUACAAAUGGUAUGUAUUUCUAUCGCUCCAUCAUUGCAAAGGAAUUAUGUGUUUCCACAUAAAAUGCCAGAGUUCUCAGAAUCUCAAAUAUUAAGAGAUAGAGCUUUGUCUUGUAUUUUAUGUUCAUUGGACUUGAGAUGAUUCUUGUCUGUGAUUGGUGGAGGCAGAAGGCAAAUUUGUGAGCUGAGAAGAGGAUUACUUUAUGAUGGACCAAAUAUAUGUAAAUAGUUUUUAUAUUGGUUUUUGAUCAAUUCACAAUCUAUGAUCACCAUCCCUCUGUUACAGGUGGAAAUUUGCAUUUUUUGCUACAACCUGUUACCAUGCAUCUUUCCUUUGAAAAAGGAAAGAUAAACAUUGUACGCUGUGUCUAUAAAUAAAAAAGGUCUAAAGUGA